UAUAUUGUCAAAUGACAGGAUCAACACGAAUCUUCUGCUCUUCAGUGAUCUUCAGUGUUUCCUUCACCUGCAGCCUUGUUUCUCCCAUAAGCAAUGACCGCCUCUGUGCUCUGGUUUUUUGAAUGGCUCGGCCUCAGAAGUGUUUUAACGUUUCUCGCUUUGUUUUUAACAUUCGGCGUCUUAAUAAAACAGAAAGCCCCUAAAAAUUACCCCCCCGGACCCUGGUCGUUGCCUUUUGUCGGCGAUUUAUUUCGUAUCGACUCGUCAAAAGCCCACCUUCAGUUUGCUGAGUUUGCCAAGCAAUAUGGAGACAUUUUCAGUCUUCGUUUGGGACAAAACAUCGUUGUUGUGAACGGUUUUAAACUCGUCAAAGAAGCCCUACUUCACCACGGGGAAAACUUUGCAGAUCGCCCAACGCUGCCUUUAUUUGAAGAUGUUGUGCAUAACAAUGGUUUGGUGAACUCCAAUGGCUACCUAUGGAAACAACAAAGAAGGUUUGCCCUCUCAACCCUGAAGAACUUUGGACUGGGCAAAAAGAGCCUUGAGCCCUCCAUUCAGAUGGAGAGCACGUUACUGAAUGAGGUCAUAGCCAAUACACAAGGCCAACCAUUUGACCCUCAGUUCAUCGUGAACAAUGCCAUCUCCAACAUCAUCUGCUGUCUGGUGUUUGGGGAUCGCUUUGACUACAAUGACAGCUACUUCCAAACUCUGCUGAAGCUGGUGAAUGAAGCUAUCUAUUUAGAAGGAAGCAUUUGGUUUCAGAUGUAUAAUAUGUUCCCCUGGUUGAUGCGGAGAAUCCCUGGUCCCCACAAGAAAAUACUGUCACACUGGGAAACUGUGAUCUCUUUCAUACGGCUGAAAAUUAAGGAGCACCAGGAAGACUGGGACCCAUCAUCUCCUAGAGACUAUAUUGACAGCUUCCUUUUGGAGAUGGAAAAGUGGAAAGAUGAUGUUCACGCCGGAUUUAAUGAGGAGAACUUGUGUUACUGCACCUUUGAUCUGUUCGUGGCUGGAACUGAGACUACAUCUACUACGCUGUACUGGGGCUUGUUGUACAUGAUCAAAUAUCCAGACAUACAAGAGAAGGUGCAGGCUGAGAUAGACAGUGUGAUUGGACGGUCACGUCAGCCCAGCAUGGCAGACAGACCAAACAUACCGUACACUGAUGCUGUCAUCCAUGAGAUACAGAGGAUGGGCAACAUUGUACCACUGAAUGUUGUACGUUUAUCCAUGAAAGACAUAGAGCUGGGAGGAUACACAAUUCCAAAGGGAACGACGCUGUUGGGGACUUUAGACUCUGUGCUCUUUGAUGAGACUGAAUGGGAGACUCCCUUCACCUUCAAUCCUGGACAUUUCCUGGAUGCAGAGGGGAAGUUCAGGAGGAGAGAUGCCUUCCUGCCCUUUUCAGCUGGGAAGAGAGUGUGUCUGGGGGAGCAGCUGGCUCGGAUGGAGCUCUUCCUGUUCUUCACCUCCCUUCUCCAGCGCUUCACCUUCUCUACACCCCCAGGCAUGGAGCCCAGUCUGAAGUUCAAAUUGGGGGGCACCCGCAGCCCCAAACCCUACAAGCUGUGUGCUACCCCCCGCUAAGUUAUCUGUUGGAAAUAAGUCAAUGACAGUUAAAGUUCCAGAGGUUUCUCAAAACUUCCCACGUCACUGUACUUCAAGUGUGAUGUGUAACAAAUACUGGUAUUUCAAGAUUCAGGGUUCUCACCUAUUUUUAUGGGCUUCAUUAUUAAAUUUAUUCAUUAAAUUUUUUGUUGAUUUUGAACAUGUAUAAGUCACUCAGUAACAUCACAAGCUGCAAAGUAGUAUACAUCCCUAAUAAUUCAAGUUGUAGUUGGCUACUGGUGAAUGGUGAAAAUGAAUUAAUUAAUGAUAACAACAAGACAGCAUUAAUGGGAAUGUUUUCUUGUAAAAAAUACAUUUGUACCUAACAAUUGAUGUAUGCUGCACUCUUUUGAAAUUGUACUUGCCUGUCAAGUUACAUUGGUGAAAAUGAAACAAUGAAACAAGCUGGCAAACAAUGGGGCUAAAUGGGCAGGAGGCAGUAUGUAGGGAACUGCCGGGGGACUGAUCAUGAGUAAGGCCAAACCGCGGCAGCGAGACAAUGUGUAGUCGCGCCAAACCGCAGACGGCACCAUCAGCGGAGCCGUGUGGAAUAUAUCAGUCAUUUCUUCAAAAUAAAACUCAAGAUUAAAUACGAGUACAUAGCUUUGAUCUAACGGAGGGCCUGCAAGGAACAUUUCCUCUGCCUUCUUAAAAUCAGUAUUAUGGAGUGCAGAAAGGCCAUAGAUGGUGCACUGGAAUAAAACUCAUGAUUUAUCUACCAAAUAAUAAGCUCAGCAACUUAAUCAAUUGCAUUCAAAAUUCAAAAUUAAUUCAACACUUACCUCUGGCAUCAAUACAUCAACAAUGAACUUGAUUUUAUCCUCGAUCAGCAAAACAGUAGAGGUCCUGUCAAGGAAAUCUUUAAGGUAUAUGAAAGGUAUAUUGUUUUGCUGUUCAUCAUCCUCGAAAUACACAGGAACGAUGUAAGAAGAUGGUUUCAGAAACCUUGUCAGAUACUUUGAUUUCUUCUUGCCCGUUAAUAUGCCCUAUGACAAGGAAGCACACUAAACAGUCAUGCACCACAUAAUAUAAUAACGCACUCUAUAAUUUUCAAAUUACAGAUUGUAAUCUACUCUCUCCUUUCCUUAACUAACCAUUCAGUACUUAUAGUGUGAAAAACAUGUUCUUUCAUUUUGUACUACAACUAAUAGCUGCUGAGGGUUGCAAACAGUGGGAUUUCUUGGUACAGUACAACAAAAACACAUUUAUGUUACUUUAAUGUGUAUCAUGGCUACUAAAUGCAUAAUUUGCCUGUGUUAGUUCUUACUUAUAACUAUUGAAAACAUUAAAGGAAUAAUAUCUU